GAGCCAAGUCAGUCUCAGUUAACGUCAGCGGUUCGCGCGGCAAGCUGGGCGCCAUCAACGUCCUCAUAUCCACGAGACUCCCGUCGUCCACUGCCCAACUCAUUGAGCUUGGGUCUGAUUUUCCCGAAGAGUUUUGCAAGCUGUGACUUUUUCAGUGUCCUCAGUGUGAAGUGCAAUGAAUAUCGCCGAAAAUUUACUAAUCUGUUUUCCAGUUACGUAAGUCUUUUAACGUGAUUAAGACUAGCAUCACACACGAAAUCAAUUGGAAACGACACAAAGGUGAUUUUUACUGAAGCACUACAAACUUGAGGAUAGGAGUGAGACUACAGAAGCAAAAGCUCGGGUUAUGCAUUUGAGCGACGUAGGAGGCAUGAGGGGUAAUGUGCUACUUAGCAAAGGCAUGUGGAGGGCAGUGCCUGAGACAGGGCAAGUCUCCCUCUCAGAGCAGACCCUUGCAAGCAUCGUCAACACAGACCCCAUCGAGAAGUGGUACAUCCUAGACCCAGAACCCAUUGCCAGGGGCCAGUUCGCGACAGUGUACCACUGUCGGCACCGCGUCACGGGGGAGGAGUUCGCCGUGAAGUUCUCCAGCAGGCGACGCUUGGGCGCCGAUGCCACGCCUGACAUCAUCCAUGAGAUCGCAGUGAACGCCAUCCUGGCGAGCUGCUCGCACAACGUCAAGCUGCACGACGUCUUCACCACAGACACCGCCUUCGUGCUCAUCAUGGAAUUCGCCCCUGGCGGUGAUCUCCAAACGCUGCUAGACGAAAAUUUGGUCCCUUACGAACGCGACGUUAUCAACUUCUUGCGCCAGCUGCUGGAAGGCUUGGUGUUUAUCCACGACAGGAGCCUCGUGCAUCUCGACAUCAAGCCCCAGAACCUGGUUUUGAUGGGGGAGUUCCCGGACUGCGCCGUCAAGCUCUGCGACUUCGAAAUAUCGAGGCACAUCACGCCCGGCUACGAAGUGCGCGAGAUCCUCGGCACGCCGGACUACGUUGCCCCAGAGAUCCUGCAUUACGAACCCAUCACCACAAGAACUGACAUGUGGUCCCUGGGUGUAUUGACGUACGUCCUCCUGACGGGUUUCCUACCCUUCGGUGGGGACAGCGACCAGGAAACCUUCAUGCAGAUCUCCAGGGGAGAGCUCGACUUCCCCAACGAGCUUUUCGAAGAUAUCACGCCCGAAGCCAUCGACUUUAUGAAGAAGUUACUCGUUCGACAACCUGAGAGGAGGAUGAGCGCACGAGAGUGCCUUAAACACCCAUGGAUGCAGAGGCCGAUGACCCGACCAACGCCCCCGUCUACUCUUGAUCUGCCUGCCCCAGUGACGCCCAGUCCGCCCUCCCACACUCCCUAUGUCAGUAGAGCCGAGUCAUCUCCCUCAGUGAUUACUACGACCGUCACUUCCGAUAUCAAGGGCGACGGAAACGAGACGAGCGACUUGGAAUCUUUAGAUGACAAAACUCCUACCACUCCUCUGUCUAGCCGUCCUCCACUGCACCCUCGUUCUUCCCUCAAAUCUUUGAGUGUCACAAGCGACAUCCUGCCGGUUGGCUCCACAUCACACGCAGUGACGCCCUUGUCGGGAAUAACUCCCUUCCUCAAUAAGGAAUCAAGAAUGGGAUCGAGGCAGAAUUUGAACAGACUCAGGACCAUGUCCAAGUCACGUGAAGUGCUUUCUGAAAGAAUUCAAAUGUCAAAUCUUAAGAAAACGCUGUCGAAAUCACGCGAGCGCCUAUACGACGCCAAGCUCGGGAUGUCAACUUCCAGAGAAGACUUAAUGACUUGCAAGAGCCUCUCGCAGUCAGUGGAGGCGUUGACAGCUCUCUCUCAACUUCACCAAAACGGAGCCCUGUACAAGAGCUGCAAUAACAUUUUUAUCCCCAAGAUCCAACACGUUAACAAAGAAGCCUGCAUGUCAGAUCGCAUGUACAAAAGCAUGGCCUGUAUAGAUCAGAUCCCUGGUAACGAUUUGUCAAAGACUAUGGGCUACUUCGAGUCCCGUUUAACUGGAGACGAUGACAACACUGACGUGAUCACACGGCGUAACACCAGCCUUAACAUCGUCAUCAGUGACACUCCUGAGUCAAAUUCCCGACUCCUGGGAAACGAUGAAACUAGACUUGGAGGUUUCAGAGUCAAUCCUUGCAGGGGCGGCCGCAGCGCUGAAGGUAAUGAUAGGAUCUUCCCACGACAUUCACACAAGCAGUCCGAACCUCAAGCAACACAGAAGAUUAAUAAGAUGAGUAGAGCCGACAAAAUGAAAAAAGAUGCUCAAAGGAGGAGAAAAGAACGCGAACAGAGAGAGAAAGAGAGAAGCCGGAAAUCUAGUCUGGUUGAGAUGAGAACUUACGAUAAGACCGCCGCAAACGAAGGAUCCACAUCACCAACCAUCAGAAGAGGCAGCGUGUGCCACGUGGAGCUGAGACUACAGGAGCGACACGAGAGACUAUUGGAAAGACAGGAGCGCGAAGGUCGGAAGAUGAGCUCCACUGGAAGCCUGAGACUCAGUUCCAUUGACAGUGACAAAUCCCCUACUCCUGACGCUUCGAAGUCUAUGAGCAGGCGUAAGUCAACAUCGCAGACCGCCAAAAACGAGCGAUCUAGUAAAGUUGAGUCGCCGAAGAGCAGCGAUAUUUCAGAGGCCUCCUCAACUGAAAGUGUAAGCGGGUCUUUAGAGAAUAUUCAACCGCGAGGAGUGGAAAGGAGAAGAAAAUCUAAGCAGUUGGACAACCGAAGAGCAUCAGCAACGGUCAAGAACCAAAAGAGUAACGAUGAAAAUGGUAACGUGAUCCAGGUGGAGUCAUCGAGUCUAGCAGCAGAAAUUUCAAUGCAAAAGUCGUGUCGAGACCUUGACGAAGCUUACAUUUCUCUUGAAGAAGGCAGUAGAGAGAACGUUCCUGGAGAAGAAGAAGAAGCAAAGUCCGACGAAGACACUGAUUCUGUGGAGUCAGAUAAAACAUGCACUGGAAGCAUAGUUGAAGGUCCCAUAACACCUAUAAAGGCUGCUGACGAGAUAAGAAUAACUACUGAAGGUCCAACGGACAAACAACCAUCUCCGGCGAUUGAGGAUACCGAACAUACGAUCACUCACGAGACGCAAAAAUCCUGUGGAUCAUUCUUGGAGGUUCCUGUUCUUGGAGACAUCCAAGAGGAAUCUACUUCCGUGAAAUACUCAAGGUCAACUUCCACCACAAGUGAUCUAGGAGGCUCCAUAUGUGAAGAUAAUGAAGAAAAUUCUGAUCAAGCUCUCAGCGAAAUUGAACAGAAAAUUAUGGAGAAUAAAUCUCGAGCUCGAUCUCUUAGCAUGCAGCCGCGACAAACGCUGACCGUCAUCCCUAGGGUUCGCAAUAGGUCCAACUCGGUGCACCAGCCAACAAUCGUUGACAGAGCCCGGCCAUGGGGAGAAAUUUGUAGCGGAUCCGUUGCGAAAGCGCUGAAAAAUUUAACGAUGCGAGAAGAAGAAGAAGAGGAUGAAGAUGCAACUAGAGUAAGCCAAGAUUUUACGAAGCGAAGGCAAUCGUCACCACCGCGCUUCUUCAUGGCAGGUGAACUGCAACCACAAACCGCGGUGUCGCCACAGUGCAAGCAGUAACUGAAAUGUAGUGGCACAGAAAGAAUUUAUUCAAUAUGUGCCCCAGAUUUUCUAGUCAAAAUUACUAUACCAAGAAAACCCCAUCUACGAAUAAAAAAAGAACAAAGCUUUUUCGUUCUAGUCCAAGACUGCGUUUGUAUUUGCUGCAGAGGCUGUUUAGAUGUCAACUUGAGCUAAUCAUUAUUCACGUUCAUGCCCACCACUGUCUUUCAGUUCACUGCUUCCACUGCAUGCCGCGUCAUGCCCCAUCGUUACUUUCGUCAACAAUUCUCGAAAUUUAGUGUAGACCCGAGACCUCAAUAUCCUUGGGUACGAGGCAGCUCGAAGUAUUUUUCUCAUUACAAGGUUGAAGCUAGAGUUAUGACUUCAGGUGAUCAGCUAUUAUACUAUAAUCUUAGUGUUGACCGUCCAUUUUCUACUGGCCGCGAAUUUUAUAUCGUCUAUAACUUGAUUAUUGAGUUUCUUUAGAGUUCUUCAUUUAAGUUAACAUUCAUAAAUCUAACUCUCAUUCUGUGAAAAAAUUAAAAAUCUAAAUAAAGUCGUCCACGAACGAGUAA